CAAUAAAAUAUUCCUAAUCCAUCUCUAAAAUAUUAAUGGCCAAUCAGAGCAAGCCAACAUAGCACAGAGUGCCCACUAAAAUUUUGUACAGGUGUCACUCAAUCUGUUUACUACCCAUUUUCCACUUGUGCGGCACAAGUCUGGAGCUAUACAAAUAGGCCAAGGAUGGGUGAGUAGCAUGACCAAAUAACAUUAUGGCAUUCUGUUGCUUCUCUCAGGCCUCUUUCUUUGCCUCACAGGCUACUAAACCACGUACAGUGUGGAAUCAUUCUUCUGCAAGGCCAGUUAUGAGCUACAACAGUAUAGUAAGAAAAGAACAAGUUUUUCUAUUAGGAUUUGCAAAAGCCGUGCUUCCCAGAACCAGAGUUUGUGACCGAAGUUCCUUAAGAAGGAGGCCUGUCCCUACAGCUUCAUUAGCAGGAAGUUCACAGAUUGCUAACAGUGUCUUUACUGUUGGAACAGCGCUAGUCAUUCCACUUUACGCUCUCAUGGUUUUUGUGCCACAUUCAGAAUUGACGAAAAGAUCCAUGGAAAGUAGCAUUCCAUAUAUAAUACUAGGAGCUAUGUAUACAUAUCUGCUUGGUAUUUCCUGGACAUCAGAAACAUUGCGCUUGAUGUUUGCAAGCAAAUAUUGGCUCCCAGAGUUGCCUGGGAUUACAAGGAUGUUUUCAAGCGAUCUGACAGUAGCUUCUGCGUGGUUACACUUGUUAGCUGUUGACCUGUAUGCUGCAAGGCAAGUGUUUCGGGAUGGCUUGAAGGAUGGUAUUGAGACCAGACACUCAAUAGCAUUGUGCCUCCUCUUUUGUCCAAUCGGGAUCAUGUCACAUCUGCUUACAAAGGUAAUAGCUCACCUAUGGCGGAGAUCCAGAGGUGGGAGAGAAGCAGCUGAAAGUGUUGCAACAAUUCGUGGAGAAUGCUGAGAAUAAUCUCUUGUAAUAUACAUUAUCUUCCUGUGUUUUUGAAUUUUAUAUUUCUCUUCUUACUUUAUUCCACCAUAAUUUGAGGGGAAUAAGAGUAAUCUUUUGUCAUAAACGCUACUUCAUAAUAAAAAAUAAAAAAUAAAAAAUCUUUCUAUUUAUUCCA